AACUGACAACAUACCAUUGAUUUCAAACAACGAAAGGUUACGAUGAAUCCCGGAUGACGCAAACUCUAUCCACCUAAAUAAACCUGCUUACAUGUGAUUCCUUAGAGUUAAAGAGUCAAUGGCUCUUUCGAUCCUCACUCGGUUCUUUACUUCUACUUCUUCAUUGUUCUCUUCCACUCUCAUCUUCAACCAUUUCAGUAAAAGAACCGUCUUCACUAUCGCUACUAAGAAGAAGACUCAACCCCAGAGAUACAAAAUAAUGGCUUCUUCACAAGCUCAAGUACCCUUAUCAGAAGACCAAAAAAUAACAGCUCCAUACGGUUCAUGGAAAUCCCCCAUCACCGCCGACGUCGUUUCAGGCUCCUCCAAACGGCUUGGAGGCACCGCCGUUGACUCCCAAGGCCAUCUCUUUUGGCUCGAGUCACGCCCUUCUGAAUCAGGACGGGCAGUUCUUGUGAAAGGAGCGGAGAAGCCUGGAGAUGAACCUUUUGAUAUUACGCCAAAGGAGUUUGCUGUACGUACAGUGGCUCAAGAGUAUGGAGGAGGAGCGUUUAGGAUUUCUGGGGAUACUGUUGUUUUCUCCAAUUAUAUAGAUCAGAGAUUGUACAAGCAAUCAAUCAGUUCCAAAGAUCCUUGUCCUGUACCAAUUACUCCAGAUUAUGGAGGACCGGUUGUGAGUUAUGCUGAUGGAGUUUUUGAUUCAAGGCUUGACCGUUAUAUCACUGUAAUGGAAGAUCGCCGUGAAAGUAGUAUAAAUGCAACCACAACAAUCGCAGCAGUAUCACUUGAUGAUGGGAACCAAGAGCCAAAAGUAUUAGUGAGUGGCAAUGAUUUCUAUGCUUUCCCACGCUUGGACCCCAAAGGUGAAAGGAUGGCAUGGAUUGAAUGGAGCCACCCUAACAUGCCGUGGGAUAAAGCAGAGCUCUGGGUUGGCUAUAUUUCUGAGAAUGGAGAUCUGUACAAACGUGUUUGUGUAGCUGGUUGUGAUCCUAAAAUUGUGGAGUCUCCCACUGAGCCGAAGUGGUCCCCAACAGGAGAACUUUUUUUCAUAACGGAUAGAAAAAGUGGAUUUUGGAAUCUCCAUAAAUGGGUUGAAUCAAAGAAUGAGGUGCUUCCACUUUAUUGCUUGAAUGCUGAGUUUGCAAGACCAUUGUGGAUUUUUGGAAUGAAUUCUUAUGAGUUCAUCAAGAGUGAGGUGGAAAAAACCUUGAUUGCCUGCAGCUACAGGCAAAAUGGGAGGUCACAUCCUGGAAUUCUAGAUGUUGUUCAGGGUUCAAUUUCUCUGCUUGAUAUUCCUUUCACAGAUAUAGACAAUAUUACCUCAUGGGAAAACUGUCUCUAUGUUGAGGGAGCCUCUGUAACUCAUCCUUCAUCAGUGGCUAAGGUGACUCUAGAUGAUCAUAAAGUAAAUGUAGUUGAUUUCAAGAUUAUUUGGUCGUCUUCACCGGAUAGUUUAAAGUAUGAGUCCUACUUCAGUCUGCCAGAGUUAAUUGAAUUUCCAACAGAGGUUCCUGGCCAAAAUGCCUAUGCAUACUAUUAUCCACCAUCUAAUCCCCUCUACCAAGUGAGCCAGGAAGAAAAGCCUCCGUUGCUGUUGAAAAGUCAUGGAGGGCCUACAAGUGAAACACGUGGAAUUUUGAACCUCAGCAUCCAGUACUGGACUAGUCGAGGCUGGGCAUUUGUGGAUGUUAAUUAUGGCGGAAGCACUGGUUAUGGGAGACAAUAUCGUGAGAGACUUUUGGGGCAAUGGGGAAUUGUUGAUGUUGAUGACUGUUGCAGCUGUGCUAGAUUUUUGGUGGAGAAGGGGAAGGCAGAUGAGGAACGACUCUUUAUAACAGGAGGCUCUGCUGGUGGGUACACAACCUUAGCCGCCCUUGCUUUUAGAGAUAUGUUCAAGGCUGGAGCUUCUCUCUAUGGUGUAGCUGACUUGAGCUUGUUGAGGGCAGAGACUCACAAAUUUGAAUCUCAUUAUAUUGAUAACCUUGUUGGAAGUGAGACGGAUUACUUUGAGAGGUCACCUAUCAAUUUUGUUGAUAAAUUUUCUUGCCCCAUCAUUCUCUUCCAGGGAUUGGAAGAUAAGGUUGUACCCCCUGAUCAAGCUCGUAAAAUCUACCAGGCAUUGAAGGAAAAGGGUUUGCCUGUUGCUCUUGUGGAGUAUGAGGGAGAACAACAUGGUUUCCGCAAGGCUGAAAACAUUAAAUUCACACUAGAACAACAAAUGGUUUUUUUUGCACGGUUGGUUGGACGCUUCAAUGUUGCUGAUGAGAUUACACCAAUCAAGAUAGACAACUUCGACUGAUCAAUUACAGAAACUUUUGGUUCUAGCAUUUCAGUAAUGAUGAUCUACGUCUAGCUCGCCUCACCAUCACCUCACAGAUUGGAGGCUUUUCACACCUGUCUGCAUACGGAUGUUGUUACUCCUCUCAAGUCAAACUCUAAUAAAUAGAUGCUGGUCCUAUUUAUGCACUAUCUAGAUGAGCUGCGGGUUGCUCCAGCCACUGCAUCCAAACUCAUGUGUCCCGCAACUCCCACCGACAAGUCUGAUUGAAUUCUAUCUUGCCUAAUGCUUUCAUAUUGUAAGCGUCACCUUUUCGGACCCACUUCUGAGUUACUCUCCACAGAUCGAUCCGACAUUGUCCACCAUGUUUUCAUCAGGCGACAGAUCAAUUUGGUACCUUGCCACACCAUCUUUGUGUCAGGCGAGGAACUCGUGGCCAAUUUUUCUCCAUAUAGAAUUAUCUGGGCUUCCUUGUUUCUUCCCCUUUCAAAUCCAAUUUCCUGGCUCCAGCCCAGCUCUCUCUUUUAUUUCAGUAAGGCAAUUAGGCUUUAGCCAUGUGACUGGGUCUUUCUGAUGUCAGGAUUAGUGGGUCGGCAUUGAGACAUCUAACAUUGUUUCAUUGCAGAUAAUGCCUUCCCACUUCUAGAAGUUGACAAAUACCCUUACCAUAUCUAGCCGGCUAUAUUGUAUUUUAAUGGCAAAAUCAAAUCUAUUCCCAUUCAUUUAUCUCAAAUCUGUUAGUCUCUGGUUUUCUCCCGCAAGCCUGUAAUCUUAAAGAAAACAAUGACAAUGGUCAGGGUAUGAGGUUUCCAGGUA